AUGCGAGGAAACUCUGGUCGUCUUCAAGCUCUGUUCUGUAAAGAAGAGAUCUGUUCGGAGUUUAUGCGCAUUACUAUGAAGGACCUGUUGGAUACCUUCAUGAAUGCUCUAGAUGCCUAUUCCAUUCGACUGAUUAAACUCUUCCGGGCCAGAAAAGCUGCCUAUCAUAACGAAAUGGAUCUCCUUCUACAGGUAUCUGACAGCCAGGGACUACCCUUACUCGUUCGGGACACUGCGAGCAAGCUGUUUCGGACAUGCCUGGACACGGACCCAGUUGAGAGUAUCGCCAAGGAUAUGAAGGUUGGAAUCGUCAAAGUUCUGAAGGACUACACCGGACCUGCUGUAGAGCCCACUGUCAUCAAUAUUGCCAUUGUGCUGGAGGAGGACAUUGUUCUUGAUGAGCUGCUUCUGAUGGACUUAUUUGACACCAGCCUGCUCCCAGCGAGUGAGGAGUCUGAAAACUAA